GUUUCCGCCUGAACUUCUUGUUUAAACAACGACCUUGCCAUGGCAACAGCGCGAUUUUGUGCCUUAUUUAUCAUCCUCGCCGUGGCUUUAGCGGAAGAUACUAAAGUAAAACACAAAACGGCUCCAAAACCUGUCCGUUUAUUCACCGAGGAGGAGCUGCAGAGAUACGACGGCAGCGAGGAGGGCCAGCCUAUUUAUAUGGCAGUAAAAGGGGUUGUGUUUGAUGUCACCAAGGGAAAAGAGUUUUAUGGAAAAGAUGCUCCAUAUAAUGCGCUGGUAGGUAAGGACUCCACUCGAGCUGUGGCCAAGAUGUCACUGGACCCCGCAGACUUGACAUCAGACACUGCAGGCCUCACUGAAGAGCAGCUGAAGUCUCUGGACAGUAUAUUUGAAGGCACAUACAAAGCCAAGUAUCCUAUUGUGGGUUACACAGCAUCCCGUAUCCUGAACGAGGGUGGAAGUCCCAACAAAGACUUCAAACCUGAGGACCAGCCUCAUUUUCAAAUCAAAGAUGAAUUUUAAUGUAAUUUUGUGUGGUCACUUUACUUGACAAGAAUCGUGAUGAAGAAGUUUGAUACAUGUGCAAUAAUAGGAGAACCAUUAUCCUGUUGACUCAAGAUUAAGGUUUAAAUAGCGCUUUAAUAGCUUUGACCAGUUUACGGUGCACCAACCACUUUAAUACCUGUUGUAUCAUCUGACUGAGAUAAAAAGCGGGGACUUUGGAGUAAGAGUAUGCAGAUAGUUAACGAUCUCCUGGAGACACACUUAAAGAAGUUUAAGCACACACAAGAUCAAGAUGCCUCCUGCUUCUCUUAAUUUCAUACUCUAAACAUUAGGAGCUCAAAGAUCCUUGUGAACUUAAAACAGUCUUCAUGCACUGUAGCUGCAGUGUUUGGGAGGGGGUAUUUUUUGAGAAAUGACUGUAGCUUAGUGUGAAAGUAAAUGAAUAAUGUGAAUGACUCAGUAGAAUAUUUAUGUUUAGGAAACGAUAAAUCUGCAGCUUUGUUAA